ACCGCAUCAAUACCAAUUCACCCAACAUGCCCAAGUCAAAGAGAUCAAAGGUCGUCCACCUCACUCAGGUCCAGAAGAAGGACAAGGAACUCCGCACAAAGCUCUUCGACAAUGUCCGCGAGGCCGCCGACAACUUCUCCCACAUCUACGUCUUCGGCGUCGAGAACAUGCGCAACACCUACCUCAAGGACGUCCGCACCCACUUCUCAGACUCGCGCAUCUUCUUCGGCAAGACAAAGGUCAUGGCAAAGGCCCUCGGCAUGACCGACGCCGAGGAAUACCAACCCGGUCUCUCCAAGCUCACCCCCUACAUCGAGGGCAGCGUCGGUCUUCUCCUCAGCAACCGCGAGCCCACCGAGGUCCUCGAGUACUUUGAGAACUACUCCGAGAUCGACUACGCCCGUGCCGGUGUCAAGGCCACCAGAGACUUCACCAUCCCUGCCGGUGUCGUCUACUCGCGUGGUGGUGACAUCCCCGUCGAGGAGGAUGUCGCCAUGCCUCACAGCUUGGAAGUCACCGUCAGGAAAUGGGGCAUGCCCACCAAGCUUGACAAGGGCAAGGUUGUACUCGAUGGCGACUACGAGCUCUGCAAGGAGGGCCGCACCCUCAACAGCCACCAGACCGCUCUGCUGAAGCUCUUCGGUGUCGCCAUGGCCGAGUUCAGAAUCCAAGUCAAGGCCUACUGGAGCCAGGCUUCGACAGAGGUCACUCCCGUCGAGGACCCCAACGCCAUGGAGGAGUAAAGCAUUGAAAGUAACAAGGAAGACACGAAAAAUGGAGGAAGGGAUCCAAGAGACAAAAGCCGGCAAAUAUGGGUUAUGGCUGGCAAGCUUGCAUGAGCGAGGCGCUCUGGCGUUUAUACGGUCGGGUGUGUUGUUUUUUUCAUUUUCUGUACUGGCAUCUACUCUGGAGAAAAGUGGUCCGAAAUUUCUAUACAUUGUGGAAACCAAAUUGUCUUGGUUCUGGCAUGUGAGAGGUAGAUUGAUAUCAUGACCAAAAAGACAAGUCGUAUCUGAUGUAAUUUCACAUGGGCAUGUUCAAAGUGACCUGAGCAU